ACUACACAAUCAUCAAGGACUUCCGAUUGUGAUUUGGCGGAGAGGCUGAACGUGUCAAACGGGUCGACAUACUACUGUCUUUGCUAAAUGGUUCAAGGCAGUAAUAUCCUCUAUAUGGAUGGAUUUACAAAGAUUGAGGUGCCGCAAGGGAAAAUGCCUAGUUCUAGGAAUUAUCUGCUGUCUAUUAUUCAUAAUUGUACUGUCUCUAUACCCUCUACAGGACCUCUCUGCAUGUUCUAUUCCUUCUCCGGCAGUUGACCUGUCUGUUUUAUGUAAGGAAGCUAAGAGAAAAUGUACCUUCAACAAUAAUGAGGAUAGUUCACUUAAACAUGCAAAUCCACCUGACCAAGUUAUCCCCCCUGCUGAAGGGGAAGCCCCCUCUGAAUUAGACAAGGAAGGUCAGCCUCCUCAUAAGAUGGCUCUUAUAGUUCCGUACCGUGAUAGACUGGAGGAGUUACUACAAUUUGCACCUUACAUGCAUAAAUAUCUCAAAGACAAACACAUCGCUCAUCAGAUUUACGUCAUAAACCAAGUGGAUAAUUAUAGAUUUAACAGAGCUUCCCUGAUAAAUGUUGGUUUCCUAGAGAGUCGAUCUGACUGCGAUUAUAUUGCUAUGCAUGAUGUGGACUUGUUACCGCGGAACCCUACCCUCAAUUACGGCUACCCAGAGGAAGGACCUUUCCAUGUUGCCUCGCCAGAGUACCAUCCAAAAUACAACUACUCUAAAUUUGUUGGUGGAAUAUUACUUAUGAACAAAGACAAUUUUAUUCGGGUUAACGGAAUGUCUAAUAGAUACUGGGGCUGGGGGCGUGAGGAUGACGAGCUGUAUGUGAGGCUGUUAAAGGCUCGUCUUCAGAUAAGAAGACCAACAGGACUUGAAACAGGAAGAAAAGACACCUUUCUGCACAAUCAUAAUGCCAUGAGAACGAGAGACAACAAAAGAUUUUUUAAUCAAACGAGGUUAACGAGUCGUCUAGACAGGGAGACAGGUGUGAGUACCGUGAAGUACAGUGUGGACCAUCGCGUCAACCUGGUGAUUGAUGGAGCACCAGUGACAAUGCUUAAUGUGCGCUUAAAGUGUGAUCUUGAAAAAACAAAGUGGUGUUUGAAAAAGGAAGACCAUGAUAAGCUUUACCGAUCAGCAGCUAAUUUUAUCAUCAACAAUUGAUACAGUCUUCGUUGUUAUGAAUUACAAAUAUUGUCUGUGAUAGGCCACUUUGUGGAUGGGUUCGUUUGACAAGGGUCCUUUUUUUUAAUGAAAUUACAUGUAUAAAGUUGGCCGCCUUCAAUUAAAAUGUUCACCUGGUUUAAUUUGAUUAUAAUUAUGACAUGACAAUUAAAAUCCUGACCAGUUGUUCAUCAAUUAUCCAUCCUUCAUACAUUAUAUGUAGGUCCAGUUGUUCAUCAAUUAUCCAUCCUUCAUAGGUCCAGUUGUUCAUCAAUUAUCCAUCCUGCAUAGGUCUAGUUGUUCAUCAAUUAUCCAUCCUGCAUAGGUCCAGUUGUUCCAUUAGCCGGGGUUUUCAGGUCCACACUACACUUAUUGUUUUCAUUAAAAGUUGAACAAAUAGGCACUAAUCCAGUUUAUAAAAAAGAAACUGCAUUUUCUAACUGGGAAUGGAGGCAGCUUGAUUGUGAGUCUCAACUUCUUCAUCUGAGUAUAACCCACAGUGUAUGAAGUUUUAUUUUAGACUUUGGAGCUGGGCAUUGUCUUUCCAGAUUUAAAAAAAAAUCUUAGUCAGCAUCUGGACAUUCAAAACUAGGACCACCGUACUAUCAGGAUCAUCAUUAUUUAAUCCUGUAUUCCUGUCCUGUAGUCAUAUAUUUCAGUUUGAAAAUGUUUACCAAGAUUUGUUAUCAAAAUGUUCCCCCAUGUCCUAUCAGCAUGGGUUGAUCCAGAGAUAUUGUCUUUUUCAUUGUACAUAUCAACAUAUUGAUUUCAGCUUUCACAGCACAAUCUUUCCCAUUACCAAGUUCUAGGGAUCAUUUAUCCAAUUGAAAUUUAUUAGAAAAAGCUGUGUUUAGUCCAAUAGCAAAUUAAGUGAAUAAACCAGGUAUUUUUAAUCUAUUUUACAAUAGUAAAUUGAUGUCACUGUUAUGUUUAGAUUGUCUUUUUGCCCAUCAUUGCUGUGAAUAUAUAUCCCAUUCACCAUUUUUAUCAUGUAUGCGAAAUAUAUAUUAUCUUUUUUAUUUUACCAAAAACAUUGUCAUUAUAUAUUGUUGACUUUUAACAGUAAGUCUUCAGUGUUUUAUUCCCAAUAGUACAAAUCAGUUGCAAAGUUUUUAAAAUUGAGUUAUGUAAUUUCUAAUUUGAAAAAUGUAAUUCCACGUGUUAACAAGCAAGUAUAAUUCAAACAGAAGUCGUAUUAAUUGUCGGUCUUGUGUCACAGGAAUUUAUUUAUGAAGAAGAUUGUAAUAAAAGGGGAAAAUGGGGCAAAAAUAGAUUAUUUGUUGCAAAUAAUUAGGAAAACAAAUCUCUGCCAAGUACUGUAGUUGAAACCCUGUGUAAAGCAAGUUAGCUGAUUUUCUUUGCAAUCGAAGCUAACUCAAUCUAAUUUCACCAAUAGCAUUAAAACAUAAUAAGGGCAUAUAAAUGGAAAGUUCAUAAUCUGCAACUUGCACUAAUAAUUAAGAUAAGAAAACAAUUUUAAACCCAUUUACCAGUAAGAGUUGGAGGAGGGAAAUGGGAGGAAGGAUCUCAAUAUAAAUAUUGUUAAAGUACCUUUAAAUAGGUUAUUUAUUAGAAAUAGUUCCUAGAGAGGGGAAAACAAAGUAAAAUUUGGAGGGGAAUUAAUGAUGGACCUUAGCACUUGAAUUCAUCUUUUAUGUUGGUACAUGUAUUUAAAUUUUGUCAGCAAUGUUUGUAAAUACAAGUUAUUUUAUUUUUAACAAAUGAAAAGUAACAGAAAUUAAUCAAAAUCAGCAUUUUCCUUACUUACUGGUCUUAGUAUUUAAGAUAUAGUGAACAUUUGCAGGAUAAUAUAUGUCUGAAAAUAUUGAAUUGUUUGCCAUUUGCCGGUAAAUUCAAUAUUUGAUCAUUGUUAAUAUUGCUCUACACAUUGACAAUAGUAUAUGUAAUGCGUGAUCCUGUGAACCAGUAUACGUAUCCACCAGCGCGAUGAAUUGGCACUCAUUACACACUAUGGAAAUGGUGCCAGUUAAACUGCCCAGAAAUUUCCCAGGUUGCAAGGAUAUUCACCAAAACAGAUAUAGUUUAUUUUCAUAAACAUGUACAAACUGAUACUUGGUUCAUUUGAAAAAGAGUUACAAUGAAAUAUAACUCACAAUCAUAAAUAUUUGUAAACUUAUGUAUAGUCAUAUAUACAUUAGCAACUUCUGCAUAAUCUUGUACGAUAACUUUAGAUGACAUAUCAUUUUUAUAUUAGUUACAGGAUGGGCGUCUUUCGGCGUGCAUAUGAUGUAAACUUACUGCAAUGUAUACAUGUGCAAUUUUUUCAUGAUUAUCAUGCAAAAUAUGUUUUUCUUUAUAUUAGAUAAUGUGGUUUUAAGUCAUGGAUGAUGAAAAUAUAAAACAACAUCCAGCGUCCUGGAUACUCAAGGGGUUACGCUCACUUACAGUAUCUGCUUCAUGGAUACUCAAGGGGUUACGCUCGCUUACGGUAUCUGCAUCCUUGAUACUGAAGGGGUUACACUCACUUACAGUAUCUGCGUCCUGGAUACUCUAGGGUUACACUCACUUACAGUAUCUGCUUCAUGGAUACUCAAGUGGUUACGCUCACUUACGGUAUCUGCAUCCUUGAUACUGAAGGGGUUACGCUCACUUACAGUAUCUGCGUCCUGGAUACUCUAGGGUUACACUCACUUACAGUAUCUGCUUCAUGGAUACUCAAGUGGUUACGCUCACUUACGGUAUCUGCAUCCUUGAUACUGAAGGGGUUACACUCACUUACAUUAUCUGCGUCCUGGAUACUCUAGGGUUACACUCACUUACAGUAUCUGCUUCCUGGAUACUCAAGUGGUUACGCUCACUUACGGUAUCUGCGUCCUUGAUACUGAAGGGGUUACACUCACUUACAGUAUCUGCGUCCUGGAUACUUGAGGGGUUACGCUCACUUACAAUAUCUGCGUCCUGGAUACUCAUGGGGUUACGUUCACUAACAGUAUCUGCACCCUGGAUACUCAAGGGUUACGCUCACUUACAGUAUCUGCACCCUGGAUACUCAAGGGGUUACGUUCACUUACAGUAUCUGCGCCCUGGAUACUCAAGGGGUUACGCUCACUUACAGUAUCUGCGCCCUGGAUACUCUAGGGUUACCCUCACUUACAGUAUCUGCACCCUGGAUACUCAAGGGGUUACGCUCACUUACGGUAUCUGCGUCCUGGAUACUCAAGGGUUAUGCUCACUUAUGCUGCAGAGAACGUUAGUGAGCCUCGCAUGGUCAAAUCUCAUCUAUAUUGAUUGAACAAAGUUGUGCACUCUAAAAUACAAGGCCUGACAGUUCAAACAACUUUACUUUUGGCAACAACUAGAUAAUACUGUUUAAAUAAAAACAAAUUCAAUUUAACUUGUUGAAUAAGGAUCAAGUUGUGUAUAAAUCACUAUUGUUUUCAUUUGAAAUCAUUCAUAAUCUUUAUCUUGUUUGUAGAUGCAACAGUACUGUUGCCUUAAUCUGCUUGCCCUAUUUCUUCCCACACUAUCUCGUAGAUUCCACCUAUCAUACUUUACUCUGAGUAACAAUCGUGCCAAAUAUAAUGAAACUUGUAGAUACUAACAAUAUAUACAGACACCUUUAAAUAUGACAUACUUUAUGGCCCAAAGAGACUAACCUGUGAAAUUUCGUUAUUUGCUACUUGCCCUGUUUCUUAAUGAUAACUAAAUUGGUCCAAAUUCACUCAAUAUUGCAAAGCAGGAAGACGUAUUUGCAAUUUUCACCUGAUAAGUAUAAGCAUGUCAUCAGACCCUAAACUUCGUGGUAUUUUAGAAUCGUUUUAACUAAUAACUGUCAUAUUUGACCAAAAGAUCUGGGUCCGUAUUCAUGAAACCGUUCUCAUGCUAAUCUCUUGUUUCAGUUAAUAAAAACAUUUAUUUUUUUCAGCUAUGUGAGGAAAAAAAUUGAAGAGGCUUAAAACCAAAUACUGUUUUCAAUGUUUUUACAUUUUAUUUUUGAGUGUUUUACACGAUUUAAGUGAGUUACAAAAAAAGCUGGUUUGAGCACAGAAUUCAUGCUUGAGCGUGCGAACAGUUUCAUGAAUACUGGCCCUGGUCACUUUCAUAAUGUUGGUAAUGUCAGGUUUUGCUAUAAUUAUUAAGAAAAGUAUGUCCUCAUUACUUUAGGCAAUUUCAUGAGCAUUAGCUUGAAUAGUGUACAUCAGUUAGUCAUCUUUGUCAUUUUCUAUGGCCAGAUAAUGAAAGUUGAAAUUUGUUGUCUCUCCACUAAUUUACAUAAAUUUUAAGAAAAAGUAUUCAAUGUAUGCCGAUGAGUUCAUCUGUACGAAUUCAAUGAAAGCUAUCUAUAUUUCAAACUUUAUAAAAAAUGUUUUGGGAUUUUAUCAUAAACAAUUUAUCAAUAUGUUAUUGUUGUCUUUCAAGUAAUUAAGAUUUGUUCGGGAGAUCUUUUCAUUGGAUAUGACGUUAUAUAAUUGAUUAGAUUCAUGCUUCUAGAAAGUAUUCCGUAAUCAACAGUGUAUAUACAGUAUAUAUUGGGUGAAACACCUUUAAGUUAUGACAUUAUCCGCAUAAAUAACGAAUAUUUGUUUUAAUUACACACGUAUACAUAUAUAUACAUGUAUAUAUAUUACAUCAACUUCAUUUUUUUAAUUACUCUAUACAUUAUUUAAAACUUUUGAUUAUAUGUAAAUAAUUGUGUAAAAUCUAUUUAAGUUUUAACCUAGUGGGGUAAUGUACUGUACAAGGUACCCAAAUGCUUAUUGACUCUGAUAUGACUUAAUUUCAAGCAUAAUUUGUGGAAAGGUUUUUGGUGUUUUUUUCAAGAUCCGAGUAACUGGUACGAUCGUAUAUGACAAAGUUCAGCUAAGAAAUGCUUUAUUCAGAAAAAAGCCAUUUAGUACCUUAGUACGUUUUAACAUCUCAGCCAAGACCAACUAGUUUCGUCAACGUUUGUUUUUUUCCCACAGAUUACUUGAUAAUUUGAAAAAAAAAAUGUUACGUUCAUAUGUGUUUUAAUAUUUAAAAAAUAAU